AUGGCAGAGAGGGAUUCUCUUAUCUCGUACCCCUUGGACCUCCCGGAAUCCCCCUCUCAAAUGAUUGGCAGGCGCAGAAACCGCCUCGUGAACAUCAUCAAGCAGAACGACCUUCCUCAACUCCGUCAGUUUAUCGUCUCAUGCUCUCCUGAGGAUGUGAUUGCCCCUGGGACGCCCUACUUGGAGGAUACCUUGUUCAAUGCUGCCUCGUACGGCAGCCCCGAGUCUCUUCACAUCCUCUUGGAGGUGUACAUUGCGGCCCCGGAGGUUGUCAAGAGGCUCAAUCCCAAAUUACAUCUGCUGCUCGAUGCAUGUGGUACAGCAAAUAUUGAUGUGGUGCGCUUCAUUUUGGAUAGCCAUGACAUUCCAGAGAAUCGAUUACCGCUCGGGACGGUGGAUUUGCAUCAGAGAGAUGACUCCGGAGAUACGCCGAUCCUCGCGGCUACGGGGUCGUUGAUGUAUCUUGACAAAGACGCCGAUGGAGUAGAAGAUGAGGGUCUCUAUUGGAAUGAGUGGAUUCGAAAUCGGAUUGCGCGGGGCCAUAGAUUGAUUAAUCUCCUUCUCGACCGGGGCUGUUCAGCGACAGAUAUUAUUCCCCCUUUGCCAAAUGAUCUCUCUCCUUAG